AUGCGCAGGCUACGCCCACUUUUUACGACGAGCCGGAAAGUAGUGGCUGCAGCCAGUGCUGAACUGUGCCGGGCGGCUAUGGGGAAAAUUGCGCUGCAGCUCAAAGCUACGCUGGAGAACGUCACCAGCCUCCGGCCUGUUGGCGAAGACUUCCGGUGGUACCUGAAGAUGAAAUGUGGCAACUGUGGUGAGGUGUCAGAGAAGUGGCAGUACAUCCGUUUGAUGGACAGUGUGGCACUUAAAGGAGGCCGUGGCAGCGCAUCCAUGGUCCAGAAGUGCAAGCUGUGCUCUCGGGAAAAUUCCAUCGAGAUUUUGAGCAGCACCAUCAAAUCUUACAAUGCUGAAGAUAGUGAGAACUUCAAGACGAUAGUAGAGUUUGAGUGUCGGGGUCUUGAACCAGUUGACUUCCAGCCUCAGGCUGGGUUUGCUGCCGAGGGUGUGGAGUCAGGGACAAUCUUCAGUGACAUUAACCUGCAGGAGAAGGACUGGACUGAUUAUGAUGAAAAGGCUCGGGAGUCAGUGGGAAUCUACGAGGUCACACACCAGUUUGUGAAGUGCUGA